UGAUGAUAAAAGUGUAAACCGGCAGUGUGUUUUUUUCUAGAUUCUCUCCCGGGUGGUAGGCGGCGAAGUGUUUGGUUUCAGUCGUAGGCGCACGGUUAGCAAAGUUUGUAGCUUCGCGUCCUGCUACCAAAAAUUAUAAAAUUUCAAUAUAAAAUUUUUCCGACCUUUCCUAAUUCAUCGACGUGUUUCGGAAGUAUUUUAAGCCACAUAUGUAGACAAUGUGAGGCCGUUUUUCUCGAGCAUCAGUUUGAUUAAAAACCCGUAUAUAUCAUCAGACGGGGCGCGUGAAUAGACGGAAUGUGCGCAGCAAAAUGUAAAAAAGUGAUUCCACUCCAAAUUCGUUUCAAUGUAUUUAUAAGAAAAGUGUAUAGAAUCGUGCCAAGGGUGAUAAAAGACGUUUUCCAUUCAAGAAAGAUAAUUUAUAAUUUUUGAAAAUCCAAAAAUUUUUAAGAAACAAAACGAAAAAGCGCUCAAAUGAUAACCCAUAGUACAAAAUAAUGAAAUUUCCUUCGCGCAGUAGCAACAAAAGCUCCACAAUAGUAGCUACAACAUACAAUGUGUCAAGCGGAAACAAUAUGCGCGCUUCGAAAUUCGCUAACAAUCACAAGGACGGCAACAAGGAUGUUGGAAAGGACCGACGUACGCCUAGUUUGUUAACGAAUGCGGCAAAAAUGAAAAUUACAAAAUGCAACGCCACAAAAUUUACCAAUGCAAUUAACGGAAAUAAAAACUUAACUACUGCAACAACACAUGCAUUGGGUAGUAGCAUGAACAGAUUAUUGAAUGAAAACCAAAGAAUGUCAAAUUCAAUAGCUUGCCAAAAUACUCAAAACACGCCAGGAAUACAAACGUUCAACGAGAUCCAGCGUUCAACGCAGGAUAAUAGUCUAGGGGGCAGUGAAAUCAAUGCGAAAGGAUCAUACAUGUUGGAUAUGAGCAAUGAAAGCCGGAGUCCGCAAGCACAACAACAACCGCGGUAUUUACAACAGCAGGAUCAGCUAUUGGCGGAAGACACUCACGCUCAAGUGAUGAGAAAAACAGCUGCCACAGUUGAGAAGGGUGUUAACCACCACACAAUUCUCUCGGACACAGGAGUGACAGGGAGCAGCGGUGUGUCAAAAGGCGAACAAUGCAAUUCCCCACAACCAAUGCAAACCAUGCAACCAAGCAUCGACACCACAUUCACUUCUUUAAAAUCUACAGUAACACAAUUGUCGGCGUCUAAUGCCAGUUCGACUAACCACUUACAACAGCAACAAGUACAAACACUGAAUAUGCAGAGAACUAAAGAGAAUACCAUCGCCCCGACAAUAGCCCAAACAACAACACUAGCGCCAUAUGAAUAUGCGAUCCCACAACCAUACAACCGAUCGUCACCGCCACAACCACUAGCAUACCCGCAAACAGCACAUUUACAAUCAGAACAACAACAACAAUCGCUUGCACCAACGUCGUUGUCAGCCGCGUCUUCGUCCGCAUUGGCUUUCUCUUCAUCCACACAUUCACAUUUGGCUUCGUUGCUUACAUUGCCUGCCACCUCGCUGUCGUCAUCGUCUUCCAUGUCAGUAGCAGAGGCGGCGGCAGCGGCAGCGGCAGCGUCAGUAUCCGUGUCGCCGUUAAGGUCCGCGACACCACAACUCGUAUCAGUUGUCAACGAAACAUCAAACCAAACGGUUUUACGUACGAUCGGUGAAGCCCGAACAGCAUUAAAAGAAAAAUCUACAGUGAUCGCAUUAGAGCAAACACCAACUGAAACAAAAACAAUAACUCCCACAGCAAUUGCAACGAAUGCAUUUUUCGAAGUGAAAUUAGAGAAUAGCGAAGUGGCUGAAACGGGGAACCAGCGGCAGCGCCAACAGCAGCAAAAUAGUGACGUUGCUUUUAGAGAUAGUGUCGACAACACGGAUCCACAGCAAUUACAACAACAGCAGUUCGUGUCACGAGAUAAAAAUGCCAAAAACGCUGAUAAGUGUCGAAAUGCGAUAACAACGGCUGCGGCGACAACCAAAACAAAAACCUUAACAACAUUGGCUACAGUGCCGCCGGUCGCACAGAUAUCCGUUAUCAACAACAAUAACAACAAUAGUAAUAGUAACAAUAAUAGAAUAAGUGUUAGUGAAAACAAUUCAAACUCAGGUGCAGUGAAAAAUGCCAAAAAUAGUGAUAAGCAAGAACAAAGACAACAAGAACAAACACCUGGAGAUCAGCAGCAAAAUGAGUUGCUGCCAUUAAACUAUCGCGGUGUGAACAAUUCAGUGAUAAUAGCCAAUUUCAAUAGCAAUAACAAUAACAAUACCAACAGCAACAACAUCACCAACACCAACGUGCCACACUACGAACAACAGCAAGAAGUUGAGGAGGAAGCAGCAUCAACAGGUGCCGCAGUACAGGAGCACCAGAUUUUACAAAGCGAACAAAAUUUAACUGAAUCCCAUUUUAUCCGCUAUAAUCAUCAAUUGUCACAAGACAACAUUGAUGAGUUGCAACAUCAACAUCAGCAACAACAACAACAACAAUUGCUACAUCUCACAUCCAGUAUACUCAACGGUACCGAUCCCAACUUGAAUUUGGCCGUCGCUACUGAAUUACAGCAACAACAUCACCACCAGCAGCAGCAACAACAACAACAUCACCAACAUUUUUUCGCCCCCUACAAUAGUUGCGCUUACGACUUGACACGACAUCAUCAACAACAAUUACUGCAAUUAGACCAGCAACACCAACACCAACACCAACAUCAUCAACAGCAUUCGCAACACUCCAAAGAUCUGCUCGACAAACCCGACUUAAUUACCUUACAUUCAUCACACCUGCUCUACAGCCCGCAUCUGACAUCAAGCUCGCCCUACGUGCACUCGCCGCCACACCAUUUAAAUCCACACGCUCACGCUCAUCAUACACAAUUCAUCGACGACAAUAUGCGCAACAACUUCAGUUUGUAUGCCACUUAUGGCGGCAAUCCGCACGACCAUCUACAACAUCACUCAAGCACCGGCGCUGCACCCAGCAGUAUCGACGAGGUUAUACAGGAUACGCUGAAAGACGAGUGCCUAGAGGAUCAUCAUACGGGCGUCAGCUAUUGUACUUUGACCACAGUGCCCGACCUGAAGGAGCCCUAUCAUCAUGCGCAUAUGUUGGGUGUCACGGAACAACAAGUCCUUACACCGAAUCAAUUGCAUCAUUUACAUGUGGCCACACAUAAUCACAAUAAUUCGGUUGGCUCAGGUGCAGGUUCACCUUCGCCCACAUCACUUUCACACGCUGCUGCACCCGGAGAUAUCUCAAGCUUAACGCAGCUCACAAAUGCGACUACCUUUCGGGAUAUGUAUGGCAGUUUUACGACAGACCCCACAGUUAUAUCGCUUUUUCCGUCCUCGUUGAGCCCUGUCCUAACAAGCUCAGUUUAUCCCAGUUCACUGCAACAGUAUGGUAUGCAGCCUAACAGCGUUGUCGCCGCCGUGCCCUCCGCCUCACCGACCCAUCAGGCACCGCAUUCGGCCGCAUCCACUCCUGGGGCGCAUACAACUGGCGUGGCAACAGCCAACGGUUCCGGUUCAAAUUCCAUCAGCAACGACGACUACGGUUCCCCAAAGAGUAACAACAGUAGCAAUGGUGGUGCUGGCAGCGGAGGACCAAACAACAAUACUAUCGCUGCGAGUAGUGGGCGACUGCCUGCAUUUCAACGCAUUUCCAGUUAUGUUGGGGGUGCGGGUGGCGCAGUUGGCGGCGUGGCGAAUGUGAGCAGCGCUGGCGGCGGCGCCGACCGUUACACAUCGUUGGUAAAUUAUCGCACUAACGAUUCAUGGCCGGGUCAUUAUGAAGCAAUUGGCUACGCGCCCACUUCGGUCGUGACCAGUGCGGCCGGAAUAGUUGGCAACACGAAUGUCAUACGCAGUUGUAAUGGGCGUUCGGCUCCUGGUGUUGGGGUCGUCGGCGUCGGUGUGGACGGCUCUGCGUCGGCAAAUUUGGCAGCUGCUGCGGCACAUUUAAGUGCAUCUGCAUCGCUGACAGCAACAUUUUACGAUGCCGAUUUUAUCACCGAUGGGCGAGAAUGUGUUAAUUGUGGUGCGGUUUCAACUCCAUUGUGGCGUCGUGAUAAUACCGGACAUUAUUUAUGCAAUGCGUGCGGUCUUUAUAAUAAAACAAACGGCAUGAAUCGUCCCUUAAUAAAACAGCCUAGAAGAUUGAGCGCAUCCCGUCGCGUUGGACUUUCGUGUUCAAAUUGCCUCACAACGCAAACUUCUCUCUGGCGACGCAAUCCCAGCGGUGAGCCCGUUUGUAACGCUUGUGGACUCUACUUCAAAUUACAUAGCGUGAAGCGUCCACUGAAUAUGAAAAAGGACACCAUCCAGACUCGAAAGCGCAAGGCAAAGGGCAGCAAAAGUGAGAAAUCGAGUAAAAGCAGCAAGGCGAAUGCGAACGCCAACAAUGCUGCGGCGGAUAGCAAUAACGAACUAAAACAUUUAAAAAAUAACCUGCAACAGCAACAACUACAACAAGCGCAAAAAAUACAAAACGCACAAUUGUUGCAAAUGAAGCAGGAGCCACAAGGCAACAGUAAUGUUUUGGCGGACGCGUCAAUGAUGUCACCAACAACAAAAGAGGGUAGCGCCUCACCAACCGACACCAAGUCACCGCUAAUGGCGCUGUUGCCACCAUCACCGCUAACACAAUUAGAAGAGCAGCAGCAGCAGCAACAACAACAACAUGAGCAGCAACAAUUGCAGCAAACGUACAAUCAAAAAAUGUCACCGAUAACUCAUAUACACUCACCAAUAAUCUUCUCAUCCGCAUCACCCACAAAUAAUGGGCAUUUGAAUAACAAUAACAAUAACAAUAACAAUAAUAAUAACAAUGACACUGCAUUCAGCAAUAAUAACAAUAGCAACAGCAAUAACGCACAUAUUAAUAAUAACAAUAACACUUUGAAGCUUAUGCAGAAACAGUUGGAGACACAUCAGCAGCAAUUGCAGAAUCUCCAACAGCAACAGCAACAGCAACCGCAGCAGACAUCAAGUUCACCGCGACACCAGCAACAACAACAACAACAAUUGAUGACACAGCAACUUAUGCAUCUAAUGCCACCACACUCAUCCCCCUCCACCUCGGUAUCGAUGCCACCAACACCAACCACGCCCACCACACCGACAACGCCAACGCAUCAACAUCACCAUCAACAGCAGCCACAGCAGCAGCAAGCGCCGCUUCACCAGCUAACGCCACAGCAACAACAGCAACAAUUAUUCCAACAAUUUGCACACCAACACCAAUUGCAACAUGGACAACAGCAGACGCAUAUAACUGAUAUGUGCAGCCCAUUGGACUACCACCAACAUUAUAUGCAACAACAACAGCAGCAGCAGCAGCAGCAGCAACAGCAGCACCAUAUUGAGCCGCAUAGUCCAGCCGGCUCAAUAUCGCCUGCGCAUUCCACAUUCGGCGAAUUGAUCCCCCUCCAAGGGGAUGCCAUUAAAAUGGAACAUUUGCAACAACAUCAACAACAACAACAACAACAUCAUCAACAUCAGCAUACACACUUACUCGGGCAAGAUGUGGCGCUGAGCCGUAGUCCAUCCAUGGAGGAUGAUGAAUUGAUGAUGGAAUUGCAUCACCAACAACAACAACAGCAUCACACGCAUGCACAAGCGAUCGCGUUGCACUUGCAACACCAACAAAGCCUAUACGACAUGCACGAAUACGAACGAAAAUACCAACGGGAGUCUAUGGUGAAGACGGAGUGAAGUUGGCUGGGCGUGAAGAGAGGAAAAUGGCGGGUGAAAUGACAAUGGCAUUGGAAUCAAAGAGCAACCAAAGAGUGAACUUUCACAUAAUUAUGUGCUAUAUACGUACGCGCACACACACACACACACAUAAAAGCGUGCAUAUGUAUUUAUAUAAUGCGUGUAGAUAGGCACAUGUUCAAGUAGUAAGCUGUUACAUAUACGAUAUUUUAGAGUUUGUAAAGGAAGUAAUGAUUUUUAUCUCAAAUAUAUACAUAUAUACAUAUAUAUUUACAUAUAUUUCUUUUAAGCUUUUUAAUCUUAAUUAUCCAAAGACCGCAAUUUAUGUAUAAGAUUGCAUAUUAUAAAAAAUACUUUAGUAUACGAGAUAAGAAAUGCAAUAAGACACUGAGUAAUGACAUUUUUGUUCUAGUUGAAACUGCAUAACUCCAUUUUAAAGAAAUUAAACUGAAAUUGGAACAAUACGUAUGUAUGUACAUAUGUACAUAUUUCUUGAACGUUGAUGAAUAAAAAUAUAUAUUAUAUAUUUCAUAUAUAUAUUAUAUAUAUCAUCAAUAUUCGAGUAUGGGGAUACAAAUGUGCAUACAUAUUUAUAUGCAAUUAUGUUUUUAGAUAACUAAGUUAAGAAACUCAUAUAUUAAAAUAAUAUUCAAUGGUAAAGACAAUAUAUCUAUAAUUAUAGUAAGUUAUUUAAUUAAAAAGUGUAUAUGUAUUUUAAACAUUAUUGAAAAGACCAUAAAAAGACAAAUAUUGUACAAUUAAACGAAUUUCUAGUUGUAAGUUCAUUUUACAAAUUAUGCCUUGAGAUUUGUUUUAGAAAACUUUUUUAUUCAAAACUUUGGUCCCAUUAAGAAAUAUAUUUUAUAAAUUAUAAAUUAUACAUAUUUAUAAAUAGUUUAGUUUUAUUUUUUCUUUGUGAAAUUUGCUUUUCAACUCUUUCUUUUAAUAUAUAAAAUCUCAUUUAAUCUAAAUUAACGUAAUUUUCGUAAGCCUUCCUAUCGUGCAAAUGUUUACAAAUAAAUAUUUUUAGAUAUUUUGUUAAA